GGAAUUGGUGGAUUUUACGCGCUUCUCUGUCUCCGGGGUUCUGUUUCCCUCUCUCACGCUCUCCCUCUCCCUUUCCCUCUCUUCUAGUACUCUCGUUACGCCAUGCCCACUCUUUGAUUUCUCUCUCGCUCUCCGCCCUCCGUCGAUCGAUUCUUUCCGCAUUCGGUUCGAACUCGAUUAGGUCCUCCGUUUUCGCUGGAGUCCUCGUGGAUUGUGCGUUCACGUUCGCAGAUUCUGAAUGCGAUUGGCGACCGCGAGUCCCUCAUGAUGAAACCCGAGGUUCCUGUUAGGGCAUUGUUUGUGCAUGGCUGACUGUCGGAGAUACCUGCCCGCCCAGCAUUUGGACCUACAGCAGAUAAUUCAAGAAGCACAGCACCGUUGGCUUCGUCCAACAGAAAUUUGUGAAAUACUUCGGAACUACCAAAAGUUUAAUUUGACACCAGAGCCACCCUCCAGGCCUCCAGCUGGUUCUUUAUUCUUGUUUGAUCGUAAAGCACUCCGAUAUUUUCGUAAAGAUGGUCAUCGCUGGAGGAAGAAAAGGGAUGGAAAGACAGUCAAAGAAGCACAUGAAAAAUUAAAGGCAGGUAGUGUGGAUGUUUUGCAUUGCUACUACGCCCAUGGGGAGGAGAAUGAAAACUUUCAACGCAGAAGCUACUGGAUGCUUGAUAGGGAGCUGGAGCACAUUGUACUUGUUCACUACAGAGAAGUGAAAGAGGGCUACAAGUCUGGCAUAUCCCGUUUACUAGUUGAUCAAGGACCGCCAAUUAUCAGCUCUCAAACUAGUUCAGCUGGUUGUUUUGCCCUAGCAAACUCACCUGCUUCAACUGCUCAGACAUCUUAUGUAUCAAGUGUGGACAGAGUUGAUAGAAGUGAGCAAACAAUUUCAUCUGAUCUGGAGGAUGUGGAUUCAUUGGGGAGUUUGGGAGCAUCUCUCACUAAAUCUGCCUAUCGCUGUGCUACUCAUGAUACUUAUCAGUUUUCUGGUGACCCUGCAGGGCUUCCUGCAUCAUCUACAUAUCAGACAAGUUCCUGGUUUUCUGGAGGGACUUAUAAUUUCAAUACCAGAGUUCCUAUCUCAGCCAAAAUAUCUUGCAGAAAUGUGGAUUCUUCAUGUAACCAGGAAUUUCAAGUUGACAAUAAGUUUACUGUUAAACAGGUUGUUGUGACAGAUUUUGUUGCCCACAGACUAACAGAAUCUAAAUUGGAUGCUGACAGUGGAGUUCUAGAUACGACUAGUGGUAGUAGGUUACAAGGUGUUUCUGAACUUCAAGAUGUGGCAGUGACUUCUCAGUGUCAGAUGACAGCUGAAAAUCAUUCCUUGGCAAUGAAACCUCAGAACACAAGCACUUCUACUGCCCAUAUUGGAAGCACAUCCAGUGGUGGAGAAAAGAACAAUGAGGAAGCUGGAGAGCUAAGAAAACUUGACAGCUUUGGGAGGUGGAUGGAUAAAGAAAUAGGUCAAGAUUGUGAUGAUUCCUUGAUGGCUUCUGACUCUGGAAAUUAUUGGAAUGCACUUCCAUCUGAGAAUGAUGACAAGGAAGUAUCUAGUUUGUCGCAUCACUUGCAACUGGAUACAGACUCAUUGGGUCCUUCUCUCUCUCAGGAACAGCUAUUUAGUAUCUCAGACUACUCGCCAGAUUGGGCUUAUUCUGACAUUGAAACAAAGGUUCUUGUAGUAGGAACAUUUUUGGGUAGCAAGAAACUUUCUGCUGAUAUGAAAUGGGGUUGCAUGUUCGGUGAAAUUGAGGUUUCUGCUGAAAUUUUAACUGAUUCAUCGAUGCGAUGUGUGGCUCCUGCACAUGCUCCUGGACGUGUUCCAUUUUACGUUACUUGCAGCAAUAGAUUAGCAUGCAGUGAGGUGAGAGAAUUUGAGUAUCGUGAGAUGCCAUCUAUGCCUUCCAAUAUUGCACCGGAAGAUGAAGUGUGUCUUCAAUCACGUCUGGCAAAAUUGCUAUAUUUAGAUCCAGUUGCGAUGCAGCUGGGCUGCUCUGUUGAGGCAUGUGAUAAGUGCAAGUUGAAGAAUUUCACAAGUUCAACGGAUACAAUUGGCAAAUUCGAUAUUGGAAGAGUGGAAGAGGCUUCUACAUCCACAAUGUUUGAUUGCCCAUACACUAGGGAUCUAGCACUUCAGUGCUUGCUAGAGGACAAGCUUGCACAGUGGCUGGUCUGUAAACUUCAUGAAGGAGGCAGAGGGCCAAAUAUUUUGGAUACACAAGGUCAAGGAGUGAUACAUUUGGCUGCGGCCCUUGGUUAUGAAUGGGCCAUUAGCCGCAUAAUAGCUGCAGGUGUUAAUCCCAACUUCCGUGAUGCACGUGGAAGAACAGCUCUCCAUUGGGCAUCAUAUUGUGGAAGGGAGGAAACUGUUAUUGCACUUGUUGGACAUGGUGCAGCUCCGGGAGUUGUUGAUGAUCCAAAACCAGCGUGUCCUGGAGGUCAAACUGCAGCGGAUUUGGCUUCAAGUAGAGGGCAUAAGGGAAUUGCUGCAUAUUUGGCUGAAGCUGAUUUGACUAGUCAUCUUUCUUUACUGACUGUCAACGAGAAAGUGAUGGAUAGUUUUUUAGAGACCCUUGUUGCGGAAAAGGCCACUGAGGGUGCAACCCCACUUGUUUCCACUGCAGCUAAGGAGGAGGAACGUUGUAUGAAAGAUUCUCUUGCUGCAGUUAGGAAAUCAACACAUGCAGCAGCCAUGAUUCAAGCUGCCUUUCGAGCUCGUUCAUUUCAGCAGAGACAAUUAAUAAGGGGAAACAGCGAUGCAUCUGAAGUUUUGGCAGAUCUAAUAGCAAUUGGUUCUUUUAACAGGGUCAAGAGUUUGGGUCACUAUGAAGAUUAUUUGCAUUCUGCAGCUACCAAAAUUCAGAAAAAGUAUCGUGGCUGGAAGGGAAGAAAGGACUUUUUGAAGAUACGCAACCGGAUUGUAAAGGUUCAGGCUCAUGUCAGAGGACAUCAAAUACGUAAGCAAUAUAAGAAGUUUGUCCGCUCAGUUAGUAUAAUGGAAAAGGCAAUUCUACGCUGGAGGCGCAAAAGAACAGGUUUGCGAGCAUUUCAAGUGGAGAAAAGAGGGGUUGAUGACCAUGGAGGGGAUGAGAAAACUGACGAGUAUGACUUUUUACGGAUCAGCCGUAAGCAAAAGUUUGAUGGAGUUGAACGAGCUCUAGCAAGAGUCAAGUCUAUGGUUCGUGAUCCAAAGGCCCGUGAUCAGUAUAUGAGACUGGUCCAGAAGUUUGAUAAUUUUAAGAUGGUUAAUAAGGGGAGGCUGUAAAUCACAUGUUGACGCUAAGCAGUGCAGAACUCAGGGAGAGUAGCCUAAACUUGCGGAAUUCGGUGAGUUAGCCAGUGUUGGGGCCAGAUAGGUGAAGCCUAUCGGUUGUACAUUUAUCCUUUAGCUAGUUUUGUGUCUAGGAGUUACACCCGUGUCUAACCUGCAUUUCACAUGCGAUUGUUUCCUAGGGAAGUCGUAUAACUAGAGGUUGAUAAUUGGUGGGUUGGGGAGGCUAAUUGUUUAUGAGUUAGAUUUUUGCCUUGUAAAGAAAAAAGUCAAUUCCUGUCAGAGAUGAGGGCGAUUGUCUUGG